AUGUCUACAUUUAGCUUCAAAAAUUGUUGUUGUUGUUGUCACUUUACUUCAAAAGGAUCAAAUUUUGUUCAUUCUGUGGAUGGACACGAUAAACUAAUGGGAUACCAGAAUAGUACUUAUCCCCUAGCGGUUUAUGGGUGCAUUGACACAUCAAGUCGGAAACUUCUUUGGAUAAAGGUGUGGGUUACAAACUCAAACCCUAAAGUAGUUGGUCGUUGGUAUCUAGAAUAUCUCUAUGAGUGCAGAUUGAUAGCUUCAUUCCUGCGUAUGGAUAAAGGAACCGAGACCGGAAUCAUGGCAACAAUGCAUGCCUUUUUGAGGAAUCACCAUGAGGAUCUGGACGAUGCAAGUGAGAGUGUGAUUUAUGGUCCUUCUACUUCCAUUCAGAUUGAGCGUUGGUGGAAGGAGUUACAUGAGCGCUUAGAAAAGUACUUCAAGGAACACCUUUAUUAUCUGAAGGAGAACAGAUUUUAUGAUCCCAACUAUGAGCAUGACAGGUGUACUACUCAGGAAGCCCAACAGAAGAUCAAGUAUGGCCUGAUUAAAAGUGGUUUCCCUGUUACAGUAGAUCAACUCAAGGAAGUGGCAGAAUUUUCAGGAGUACUUGAAGUUGAAGACAACUUCCUUGAUCCUGAGUUUCGAUUGAAAUGCAAUGAACUUGUUCCUAACGUUGAAGAAAUUGAACCAAAGGAUUGCCGAAAGGCAUACCUUCAUCUAAAGAAAAACUUCCCAGUGACAUACAUGUAG